AUGAAAACAAAGUCCGGGAGAACUGGCCCUGUCAAGGCUACCCCAUUUGGGGAUGAGUUCCGUACCAGCAAGAAAGACAAGCGGCAGAUCAAGCAUGCGACCCUAAUGUCGAAGAUCGCGAAAAGCUCCAAGACGCCCAAGAAGCGUCGCCCCUCGAAAAAAUUGGUCGCCAACCUCGAAUCUCUCGCCGAUGCGCUACCGGAUGCCGCCGAUAACUCCCAUGAUGCUGCCAGUCAAGUGAACAUCAUCAAGCAGAAGACCCUCCGCCACAAGCCUGGGGCUUUGAAGCGUCGUGAAAAGCUGGAGAAGGUGGAACGGGACCGAUUUGCGAAGAACAUGGCGCAGAUGGCGAGCAUGCAGCCUGCCCCUGCUGCUGAAACUGCCAGCGAGGCACCGCCCGGGGCUCAUUCGACUGCCAAUCGCUGGUCUGCGCUGCGCAAUUUCAUCUCGCAGACGAUGGAACAGCAGCCUGUCUUCAAGACCAACCAGUGA